UCUAACUCGAUUUGUCUGGUGGUCUGUUUACCCCGCGGAAGUUCGUCUGUGGUGUGUAGACGGGAUGUUGUUAAUUUGCGUUUAGUAAAGGGACUUACGGAGACAUUUUGCUCAUUUUAGGGUGUUUUGAUAGUCUGUUGCAGGAACAGAAGAGAGUUUUUGAGGGGGAAAAUGUUGGAGUGUGGCAUGCUGGAGCGGGACAGGCAGGCUCUCCGAAGAAACUCAGCUAUCCUGUGCAGAGAGCUGGUGGUGGAUGAGCUGCUCAUUCAGUCACUACAUGCAGACGACAUCCUCACGGAGAGCAUGGCAGAGAGCAUUAUGGCAGAGCAAACGUCUCGCAAACGCAGCUGGCAUUUGCUUCUACUCUUACCAAAGCGUGGACCCAGAGCCUUCAGCAGUUUCUGCUCAGCUCUUCAAGUUACUGAACAGAAACACCUCUACGACCUGCUCAUAAAAUCACCAGAGAAAGAUGGCAGGGAGACACACACAGAUAGUUUUCAGCCUGAGGAGGAGCCACAGGAGAAGGCAGGGCAGCUGGUUAUGGAAAGAACAAAAAAGAAGAGAGAGGCAUCUUCAGAAAACAGAGAGGAAAUGUAUGAGGUGAGCAGCACCUCAUCAUUCCCAGUCCAAGAGUCAGAGAGCUGGCCUGGCUCAGAGUCAUCAGUCAGAGACUUACCCCCAGUCAGGGCUGAGGACAGGAACAAACAGAGACUGAGGACAAAGAAACGAGGAGCAGAUAUGCAGACAGAUAGGUCUACGGACUCUUCUCUUCCGCUUCCAACUCAGGAGGAAAUUGGAGCCAAGAGAGGAAGGACACAUGAAUCCAUGGAGUUUAGUCUGGAUGCUGACAGUCCCAUCAACACUCCGGUCCUACCCUGCACGCCUGACUUUUACCUCUCCCGCUCCCAGCAGUCUUACAGGUUGAGUUCAUCGCCUCGUGGUUUUGGCUUGGUGAUCAGUAAUGUGACCUUUGACCCUUGUGCUGCCCCUGACCUUGACCCUAGAAAAGGUGGCGAGGUGGAUGAUGAGGUCCUCAGGAAGGUUUUUACAGAGCUGGAUUACAUUGUUGCUGUGCACAGAGACCUCACUGCUCAGGGUAUGAGGACCUGCAUUGAGAACUUUUCCAGACGGCCAGAGCACCGGACAGUGGACAGCUGUGUGGUGUGUCUGCUCUCCCACGGAGUGGAAGGGGCAGUGUACGGUACAGAUGGCAAACUCCUGCAGUUGGACUGGGUGUUUGAGGCCUUUGACAAUGCACACUGUCCACUUCUACAAAACAAACCAAAGAUGUUUUUCAUCCAGGCCUGCAGAGGAGAGGAGAUGGACUGUGGCGUGGAGCAGACAGACGGGCCAAAGAGGACGUGCUCACCAAGCUGUGAACAGCGGGAUGCUGGCAGGGAGGGACAGGGGGAUGCAGACUCCAGACAGAGGGGGGACACAGGAAGACCCAGGAUUAAACUUCCCCAGCGGUCGGACAUGAUCUGUGGCUUUGCGUCUCUCAAAGGUCAGAGAAUUUGCACAGCAGCCAUGCGAAACACUAAGAGAGGAUCCUGGUUUAUCCAGGAGCUCAACUCAGCACUCCGCCUCCACGCCAGAGACACCCACCUUGCGGACAUAUUGGUGCAGGUGAACAGUCGAAUUAAGGAGAGAGAGGGCUACGCCCCGGGUACCGCCCACCACCGCUGCAAAGAAAUGUCAGAGUUCACCAGCUCAUUGUGCAAAGACCUCUACUUUUUCCCCAAGUACCAGCCCCAGUAUUAAUAUGCACAUUAACACACACAGAUCAUUCCUUGUAUUGAAGCCUGGAGUAAGGGCAUGACAGCUGUUUAUUGCACACCACACACUCACACAUUCCCCCCUGUUACAACUUGACAUCCAAAUAGGAUUUAUCCAUUCAAACCACUAGACAAUCACACACAAACACACACACAUAUACACAAAUCCUGGAAAGAAAAAGGAGCGAGCUUCUGUUAAUCUACAUGUACAUGGAAAUGGGCAACCUAUUGUCAUGCAAUGUACUCAUGUAUAUAUUUGUGUGUCUGUGUCUAUGCCAGUUAGAGGGUUUAGAUGUUAAUCCUUUGCAGUCAAACUGCACAGCUACUUUGAGCUUUCACAAGCCUCUUUUUAAAAUGUAUUUUGUACACAGAUCUAUUUUUGUGGCUUUAUUUUGUAUGGAAUUCUUUUUAUAAGGAUUGUAAGGCCCAUUCUUAUAUUUGUACAUACUGUAUGUUAAAUGUUAUGAACAUUUCUUGUUGUUAUCAUAGUGACAGGCAGGGGGCAGUGCAGCAAAAUGCAUUAAAGCAUCUUGAUUUCAUCAAUAUUUCCUUCAGUUGAAGAAGAGCUUUAUUGUCAUGGCAGCCAUGACAUAGGUUAUAGACAGCUAUAUUUAAAAUUAAACAAUAGAGUUUUUGCACUAUUAAAUUAGAAUAUAUGAUUUUUUUUCCUCACAUAGUUUGCCUUAUGAAAAAGAACAACACCUACAGGGCAGCUUCAGUGUGAAGUUUAUUUUCUCACUUUAAAUUUAUGAUGACAUUUACUGAUAUUUAGUAAAUUUCGCUGUCAGGGUGGUGGAGUGCAGUCUGGUGCUACAUGUAGGGUCACUUACACACAGUAUGAACUCUGACCUUUACACGUUUUACUUGUAGUGUUUGUUCCUGCAUAGGAGCUGCAUAUUUACCCUGCAAAAACUCAAAAUCUUACCAAGUAUAUUUGUCUUAUUUCUAGUGAAAAUUAUCUCAUUACACUCAAAAUAAGACACAAUCAGCUACAGGGCAACAUUUCAGUAAGCUAAAGGAACUUGUUUCAAGACAGUGAAUCUUGAAACUAGAGAAAAACUAGAGAUUUUUCACUUGUUCCACUGGCAGAUUUUUUAACUUAAUACAAGAUAUUUUAGCUUGAAAUAAGUGAAAAUGAUUGUGUCUUAUUUUAAGUGUAAUGAGAUAAUUUUGACUAGAAAUAAGACAAAUAUACUUGGUAAGAUUUUGAGUUUUUGCAGUGUAGUCAGUCUCGCCAUUGUAUUUUACUAUAAUCGAUGCACAACAGAUAAAAGGUGUCUUCCAUUAAAAAAAAGCUGUGCCAUGUGAUGGCAUGUGAUGGCCUGUGCCAUGUGAUGGCAGGAUGAUGUGCUGGAUAAGUUUAUGACCAUGGUGUUGCUUUCAUAGCAUAUUAUACGGCUCUGGCACACCUGCAAACAAAGUAUUUCUCAAAGCUGCACGAGAAUUGAUGGUUCCCAGAAAGAAAAGACAACUGAUCAGGCAAAGUAUGUUUUAGUUACAGCAGUGUUGCAGUGAGGGACACAGUGGUUGAAACAGUAUUGAUUGUUAACUAUCAGUAAAGCAA